AGCAGCGAGAAAGGACCUGCUCCCACCGCCCGCCCUUAUCUCCUCGCUGCCGGGCGCCGCUGCUGCUGCUUCUUCCCACCCCACCCCUCCCGGGUCACGCCCUCUCUGCUCACCGACGACGCGGGGAGGACAACCCCAAAACACCAAACACCCAAGAACCUCACCAAAUAAGCUUAAGGGGGCCAGAGCAUCCCGAUCCAAUCGCGCCAUGAAGGGAGAGGCAGGCGGGGAUUUCACAGUUUUAGAUCAUCAAAGCUAAUUUCAGUAUGCUUAAAAGGAAACAGAGUUCUAGAGUAGAGGCCCAGCCAGUGACAGAUUUUGGUCCUGAUGAAUCUUUAUCAGACAAUGCUGAUAUCCUGUGGAUUAAUAAACCAUGGGUGCAUUCUUUAUUACGCAUCUGUGCCAUCAUCAGCGUCAUUUCCGUCUGCAUGAACACCCCAAAGACCUUUGAGCAUUAUCCUCCUCUUCAGUAUGUGACGUUUGCUCUCGACACGCUACUGAUGUUUCUUUACACAGCAGAGAUGAUAGCAAAGAUGCACAUUCGUGGCAUAGUCAAGAUGGAGUUGGGAAAAGGUUGGAGGUUAACAACACCACAGCCAUUUCAGAUGUUCAAGGGGGAUAGUUCCUACGUGAAGGACCGCUGGUGUGUGUUUGAUGGAUUCAUGGUUUUUUGUCUUUGGGUGUCAUUAGUUUUACAGGUGUUUGAAAUUGCUGAGAUAGUUGAUCAAAUGUCACCUUGGGGCAUGCUGAGGAUCCCACGUCCUCUUAUUAUGAUUCGAGCAUUCAGGAUCUAUUUCCGCUUUGAGUUGCCAAGAACCAGGAUAACUAACAUUUUAAAGCGUUCAGGUGAACAAAUUUGGAGUGUUUCAAUAUUCCUUCUGUUCUUUCUGCUUCUGUAUGGAAUUCUAGGGGUUCAGAUGUUUGGACCUUUUACAUAUCAUUGUGUAACAAAUGAUACAAAGCCUGGAAACAUAACCUGGAAUAAUUUAGCAAUUCCAGAUACACACUGUUCAAAACCAUCAGAAGAAGGUUACCAGUGUCCCCCAGGAUUUGAAUGUUUGGACCUUGAAGAAUUGGGGUUAAGCAGGCAAGAGCUGGGCUACAGUGGCUUUAACGAGAUAGGGACAAGCAUAUUUACUGUUUACGAAGCUGCUUCUCAAGAAGGCUGGGUCUUCCUGAUGUACCGAGCAAUUGACAGCUUCCCCCGAUGGCGCUCAUACUUCUAUUUCAUCACUUUAAUUUUCUUCCUUGCUUGGCUUGUUAAGAAUGUAUUUAUUGCUGUCAUCAUUGAGACAUUUGCUGAAAUCCGUGUGCAGUUUCAACAAAUGUGGGGAUCCAGGAGCAGCACUACUUCAACAGCUACUACACAGAUGUUUCAUGAAGAUGCUAUGGGAGGAUGGCAGCUAGUAGAUGUUGAUGUGAACAAGCCUCAGGGCAGAGCUCCAGCAUGUCUGCAGAGAAUGAUGAGGUCCUCCAUUUUCCAUAUGUUUAUCCUGAGCAUGGUGGCAGUGGAUGUCAUUGUUGCUGCUAGCAAUUAUUACAAGGGAGAGACUUUUAAGAGUCAGUAUGAUGAAUUCUACCUUGCAGAGGUUGCAUUUACAGUCCUGUUUGAUCUGGAAGCUCUCCUAAAGAUCUGGUGCCUGGGCUUUACUGGAUACAUCAGUUCAUCUCUUCACAAAUUUGAACUACUGCUGGUUAUUGGAACUACUCUUCAUAUUUAUCCAGACCUCUACCAUUCACAAUUUACAUAUUUUCAGGUGCUUAGGGUAGUUCGACUUAUAAAGAUUUCUCCUGCUCUGGAAGACUUUGUAUAUAAGAUUUUUGGACCUGGAAAAAAGCUUGGGAGUUUAGUUGUAUUUACUGCCAGCUUAUUAAUUGUAAUGUCAGCAAUCAGUUUGCAGAUGUUCUGCUUUGUGGAAGAACUAGACAGAUUUACAACAUUUCCAAGGGCUUUUAUGUCAAUGUUCCAGAUCCUAACACAGGAAGGAUGGGUAGAUGUCAUGGAUCAAACUCUUAAUGCUGUCGGGCAUAUGUGGGCACCUGUUGUUGCUAUCUACUUCAUACUCUAUCAUCUUUUUGCUACCCUGAUUCUGCUGAGUUUGUUUGUUGCUGUUAUUUUGGACAACUUGGAACUUGAUGAAGAUCUAAAGAAACUUAAGCAACUGAAACAAAGUGAAGCAAAUGCAGAUACCAAGGAAAAGCUCCCACUGCGCCUACGGAUCUUUGAAAAAUUCCCUAACAGACCUCAAAUGGUAAAAAUCUCCAAGCUUCCUUCGGAUUUUACAGUCCCCAAAAUAAGGGAAAGCUUUAUGAAGCAGUUUAUUGACCGACAGCAGCAAGAUACAACUUGUUUACUGAGAAGGCUUCCAUCAGCUUCUUCUUCCUCAUGUGACCACUCUAAAAGAUUGGCAAUUGAAGACAACAAAUACAUUGAUCAGAAGCUCCGCAAAUCUGUUUUCAGCAUUAGGGCAAGAAAUCUUCUGGAAAAGGAAACUGCAAUCAAUAAAAUUCUUAGGGCCUGCACGCGUCAGCGCAUGUUGAGUGGGUCCUUCGAGGGACAGCCUGCAAAAGAAAGAUCAAUUCUUAGUGUCCAACAUCAUAUACGCCAAGAACGCAGGUCACUAAGACAUGGCUCCAACAGUCAACGAAUCAGCAGAGGAAAAUCCCUUGAAACUUUAACUCAAGAUCAUUCUAAUACAGUGAGGUACAGAAAUGCACAGAGAGAAGACAGUGAAAUAAAAAUGAUCCAAGAGAAGAAAGAACAAGCAGAAAUGAAAAGGAAAGUCCAGGAAGAGGAGUUACGAGAGAAUCACCCCUAUUUUGACAAGCCUCUUUUCAUAGUUGGUCGCGAACACAGAUUCAGAAAUUUCUGCCGAGUGGUUGUGCGAGCUCGCUUUAAUGCCUCUAAAACAGACCCAGUUACUGGAGCAGUGAAAAAUACCAAAUAUCAUCAACUUUAUGAUUUACUGGGAUUGGUUACUUAUUUGGACUGGGUAAUGAUCAUUGUUACUAUAUGCUCCUGCAUUUCAAUGAUGUUUGAAUCCCCCUUUCGAAGAGUGAUGCAUGCACCAACACUUCAGAUCGCUGAAUAUGUUUUUGUGAUAUUCAUGAGCAUUGAACUUAAUUUGAAGAUUAUGGCUGAUGGCUUGUUUUUUACUCCAACGGCAGUCAUAAGAGACUUUGGGGGUGUCAUGGACAUAUUUAUAUACCUUGUAAGCUUGAUAUUUCUCUGCUGGAUGCCACAAAAUGUCCCUGCUAAAUCAGGAACUCAGCUUUUAAUGGUGCUACGGUGCCUCCGGCCACUUCGAAUCUUUAAACUGGUGCCUCAGAUGAGAAAGGUUGUCCGAGAGCUAUUCAGUGGCUUCAAGGAAAUCUUUCUAGUUUCCAUUCUUUUACUGACAUUAAUGCUUGUUUUUGCAAGCUUUGGAGUCCAGCUUUUUGCUGGGAAGCUGGCUAAGUGCAAUGAUCCACAUAUUACUGCACGGGAAGACUGUCAUGGCAUAUUCCGAAUAAAUGUAAGUGUAUCCAAAAAUCUAAAUUUAAAAUUAAGACCUGGUGAAAAAAAGCCUGGAUUUUGGGUGCCUCGAGUCUGGGCCAAUCCCCGGAACUUUAACUUUGACAAUGUUGGGAAUGCAAUGUUGGCACUAUUUGAAGUCCUUUCAUUAAAGGGAUGGGUGGAAGUCAGAGAUGUUAUCAUUCAUCGUGUGGGGCCAAUCCAUGGCAUCUAUAUCCAUGUUUUUGUAUUCCUGGGAUGCAUGAUUGGACUGACUCUUUUUGUUGGAGUUGUCAUUGCUAAUUUCAAUGAAAAUAAGGGAACAGCUUUGCUGACAGUUGAUCAGAGGCGAUGGGAAGAUCUAAAGAGUAGACUGAAGAUAGCACAACCUCUUCAUCUCCCACCUCGCCCAGAUAAUGAUGGAUUUCGAGCUAAGAUGUAUGAUAUCACUCAGCAUCCAUUUUUUAAGAGGACCAUUGCUGUGCUUGUCCUGGCCCAGUCUGUGUUGUUAUCUGUUAAGUGGGAUGAUCAGGACCCAGUCACUGGCCCUUUAGCAGCAAUGUCCGUUGUCUUCACCUUCAUUUUUGUUCUUGAGGUUACCAUGAAAAUUAUUGCUAUGUCACCUGCUGGGUUUUGGCAGAGCAGAAGAAAUCGCUACGAUCUCUUGGUGACAUCUUUAGGUGUCAUAUGGGUGAUACUCCACUUUGCCCUAACUAAUGCUUACACAUAUAUGAUGGGGGCAUGUGUAAUUGUCUUCAGGUUUUUUUCAAUCUGUGGGAAACAUGUGACCCUGAAGAUGCUGCUUCUGACAGUGGUUGUUAGCAUGUACAAGAGCUUUUUCAUCAUAGUAGGGAUGUUCCUACUGUUGCUUUGCUAUGCUUUUGCUGGAGUAGUUUUAUUUGGCACUGUAAAAUAUGGAGAGAAUAUCAACAGGCAUGCCAACUUUUCAUCAGCUGGUAAGGCCAUUACUGUACUCUUCAGAAUAGUCACUGGGGAAGACUGGAACAAGAUAAUGCAUGACUGCAUGGUUCAACCUCCUUUUUGUACACCAGAUAACAGCACAUACUGGAAGACAGAUUGUGGAAACUACGCUGGUGCUCUUAUGUAUUUCUGUUCAUUUUAUGUCAUCAUUGCAUACAUAAUGCUAAAUUUGCUUGUUGCUAUAAUUGUGGAAAAUUUUUCACUGUUUUAUUCCACGGAGGAGGACCAACUCUUAAGUUAUAAUGAUCUUAGACAUUUCCAAAUUAUAUGGAACAUGGUUGAUGAUAAAAGGGAGGGAGUGAUUCCAACUUUCCGAGUCAAGUUUUUGCUGAGGUUGCUGCGUGGAAGAUUGGAAGUGGAUCUGGACAAGGACAAACUUUUGUUCAAGCACAUGUGCUAUGAAAUGGAGAGGCUGCAUAAUGGGGGAGAUGUAACGUUCCAUGAUGUACUGAGCAUGCUCUCAUAUAGAUCUGUUGAUAUCAGAAAGAGUCUUCAGCUGGAAGAACUGCUUGCUAGGGAACAAUUGGAAUACACCAUAGAAGAAGAAGUAGCCAAACAGACCAUACGCAUGUGGUUGAAGAAGUGCUUGAAGCGCAUUAGAGCAAAACAGCAACAGUCAUGCAGUAUUAUCCAUAGUCUCCGAGAGAGUCAACAACAAGAGCUUAGCCGUUUUCUAAAUCCACCAAGCAUUGAGACAACACAACCAAGUGAAGAUAUGAAUGCUAAUAACCAGGAUAACAGUACACAGCCUGAGACAAGUAGUCAACAGCAGCUGCUUAGUCCAACACUUUCUGACAGAGGUGGGUAUCGGCAAGAUUCUACUGAUACUGGUAAACCUCAGCGAAAGUUUGGACAAUGGCGUUUGCCAUCAGCCCCAAAGCCAAUAAGCCAUUCAGUGUCUUCAGUCAAUUUACGGUUUGGUGGCCGUACAACUAUGAAGUCUGUCGUGUGCAAGAUGAAUCCCAUGUCAGAUGUGGCCUCUUGUGGAUCAGAAGUCAAGAAAUGGUGGACAAGACAACUUACUGUGGAGAGUGAUGAAAGUGGUGAGGACCUGCUUGAUAUCUGACUGGGAAAAGACGCCAUUUCAAGUCACACUUAUGCAACAUACCUUUGGAAUGAAUUAAUUUUGGGAGGUUUCUAAACUGCAGUUCUAAUUAACUGACUGUUUAUAUCAAGAUAAGCCUUUGGACUCACUGACCUUCAACUUGACAAGAUAUACAACUUACUUAUUUUUAAUCCUUGUGAUGAUUAUUAAUGUAAGGAAAAACAGCAAAAAAAAUUAUAGUGUUCAUAAAGAGCAAAGAACUUUUUUUUGCCUCACACCCAAGAAUCUUUAGUUUAACUCUAGGAUCUCAGCAGGGCUUUCUGUUUUUCAGCAGCCCCUUUAUGCCACAUCCCAAGCUGCUUUUAAGUUUUGGCAGAUCGUCGAAAGUGGUGUGAUGUUGAUUGUUCAGACUUGGAAAAAUCCAAAGCCACCAUAAACUAAUGGCUGUUGUAGAAAAAAAUGUCAUGGGAUCAUUAUAUCGCAAUUAUUUACAGUUCAGAGAUACAGGCAAGACAUGCAGACAUAAUCACUUUAUUUUGGGUGCUGUGAGAGAAAUUCGCUGUGAAACUGAAAAUACCCCAAAGAAAAUAUUUGUAUGGAAAUGUUGUGAGUGUUAUUGUUUCUGUAUACUGAAGCUUUUGCUUUAGAUAGACAGAUAUGAUUUACGCAUGGUUUAUGUAUGAUUUAUAUGUGCUCAUUUAUGGAUGUCAGUUGCUGGUUUUAUGUUUCUAUGUUAACUUUGAAUGUUUAUUUUUUCUAUUUAUAUAUAUAAAAUUUAAAAAACAGAGCAGUUUGCAAUACAGUAAGGAGGCUACUAUUGGAAAAAAUGUAGAUCCCCACUGGGCAUGCAUAAGCCUUCUUACACAAUUAAGGAAAUAGGCUGGAUUGCAAUCAGUGUUUCAUAUUUGUUUCACUGUACGCAUUCAAAGGUGUUGUGUCUGUUUUGUUUCUGGUCCAGUCAACAUUUAGCCUGAAAAUGAUCACCACACAAUGUUACUGUUUUUGCUCUUUUUUGGGUUUGUUUUUUUGUUGUUUUUUUUGUAGCCCUCUGCCUAACCAGUAUUGAUAUUGAUGAAUGGCCUGUAAAGGUCAGCAGGGAAUUCAUUCUAAAGGAAAACAUUUUUACAAUAUACAGAUUUUGUCUUGCAAAUAUCUAGCUUUUUUUAAAAUAUGAAACAUACAGGAUUGUUUGUUUCAAUAAAUCAGAAAAUGACAAAAUGGGUUUUAUAAUGCAUUUGUAAUUAUUAAUGUAAAGAAUUGA